AUGUCAGUCAGUUCUCUAUCUGAAGAUUCAGUUGAAACGACCAACGAGUCGCUGCAACUAUGUCGAUUCAGUUCAUUAGAUCUUCAUGAUCGCACCACUAUAUAUGAUCAAGUCGAGCAGCUUAUUAUAUGCAACGCAAAAGUUCUGUCGCCUCUGGAAAUGGUGAUGCACUUUUACAAUGACAAGUUUGAUGAUUGUCUCAUUCCCGUGGCUUCGACUACGACGAUGCAACGUGUCCCUUCAUUAUCUGAUCGAGGUGGACUCUGGCUUGUGGAUUCUGCACGAGAUAUUGUCACCGUCACUGUCGUGGCUCAAAUAAGUGACUCGCCUGCGGAUUUGAAAUGUAGCGAAUACCUAGACAUGAACAUAUAUAAUCGAGAAAUAAAUCUGGACUCAUUGCGAAGAGCAUCUGCGCGAUUAUUUUUCAAUCAGGUCUUUGUUCCCGCAGAAAGCUCAGAGGAAAAGAUUGCUAUAUACGAUGAACAUCGUUCUCGUUUUGAUAGCUUACUGAACUUCCUGCAACAAGCUACUAUACAGUAUUUGGACUCAGUUAAGACUAUAGACGAUAAGUUGUAUCCAGAUCAAGACAUCAAUAUGACCACAUUUGUGGAACUGCACGACUUAGGCUAUUACGGUUUGCGUGGAAAGACCGGGAAUAUUUUUCAAAAUGUUCCUACUCGAAAGACAAGGCCAGCAUCUGCUAUGAUAAACAUACGUGGACAGUUACCGGAUCCCAAACAACUGCGGAAAUCGAAAAGAGAGAAAAACCUUCAAGCGUUAGUAACAACUCAUGAUGUCGACGAAAUACCCAUUACUGAGAGAGUAUUAGGCCAUUGGCCGGAUUCAGAAGGAUGUAUAAGAUCUCUCGCCGAAAAACACGAUCUUUCAAAUGUUCGUAUCCACAUACCUGAAGUCUAUGAUUCUCAGGGAGGGUUGGUUCACCCUAUGGACUACGAGAAAGUUCUUGUAUGUGGACGUGUUGUUGAGAUAGAAUUUAAUUUUCAUCUAUGGGAUAUCACGAAAUCAGCUAAUGGAAAUCCGGUGAAUAAACCGAAUCGUAUAUGUUCAAACAUCAUUCGCAAGCUUCAUGUUCUGCCAGAAGAUGAUGACGAUAUGCGUCUGCUUUUCCACACGGAGGCAUUGAAUAGAGUUGAAGGUUUUGAACGUCAUUCUGAGCAGUUGCGUGUUGCAGAAGAAGCUAGGGAAUUGGCUCGACGGGAAGAGGUCCUUCGCUUGGAACAAACAAUGGCAAAAGCUAAGGCAGUGGCUGAUGCGAAGAGAAAACGAUUGCAAGAACUACGUGUGCAGUCUACGAGUAGUCCGAGCAGUUCGGUACUUGCGAAGCGAAAUGGUAGCAAUUCAUUCGAUGAACCACAAGUUCCCAAACGAGUGCAGUUGGACGAAAGUGCGAAUGAAAUUAUGUAUGAAGAAGGUGAACUUAUCAAUGAUAUAUCAGUUGAGUAG